CGUGCUGUUGCGCGAUGGCUGCAAAUCGAAGACUUGUUUACGGUGGGGGAGGGAAGGGCACGGCGCAGGGUUGAGAGGUUAGGGGUGGAGAAAUCAGAUAGGUUGUCUGCAGCGACGAGCCGAACAGGAACGAACGUGGGCAUGCAGUAGGUAUAAGAGGUUGAAGAAAGUCAAGCCCGCCAGGGGUUUCUCUCUACGAUCAACAACGACCUCCCCUGAGCCCAUCAUGCCUUCCUCAAACCUCGACAUCCCCGCUUGGGUCCCUCCUCAGGAGACCAAGGAACAGAACAUUGACUGGGCGCCCCUGCCUACGCUCGACCUGUCCAAGGUCACCGGCGAGAACUUCACGGAGGUCGACCAGGCGACAGUUGACGAAGUUGGCGAGGCCUUCAAUACGUCCGGAUUCAUCUAUGCCGAGAACCACGGUCUGAGCUACGAGGACCUGCUGAGGCAAUUUGCCAUCGGCCAGUACGCUUUCAACAAUGUCAGCGACGAGGACAAGUCCACGUACAAGGCCAAGAUCCUCGAGUCAGGAAGCUUCGUUGGCUACAAGGAAAAGGGCCACUGGAAGAUUGACGGCGUGAAGGACCGCAUCGAGCAAUUUAACCUCGGCUCCCAGUCCUUUUCGCCGGAGGCUCGACGCCGCCUGUUCCCACCAUCGCUUCAAGCGCUUCUUCCUGAAAUCGAAGAGUUCGCAAAGUUCAACCACCGCAACAUUCUUCGCAAGAUCCUUACCGUUCUUUCUCGCGUGCUCAAGCUUCCUGCUGACACGCUCUGGAAGCUUUCUGAGGACCCGGAGGUCAAUGGCUUGGACCUCCUCCGGUACGCUAUGUACCACACGCCCCCCAAGGACGAUGACCAGGCUCUCGGAGGUGUCCGCCUCCAGGGUCACACCGACUUUAACAGUGUCUCGAUCCUUUGGUCGCAACCGAUCACGUCACUCGAGGUGCUGAUGCCCGAUGACGAGUGGCGAUUGGUCAAGCACAGGUCGAAUGCACUGGUGAUCAACCUCGGAGAUGCGAUGCACUUCCUUUCGGGCGGCUACUUCAAGGCCACCAUCCACCGUGUGGUUGCUCCUCCCCAGGACCAGGCUGACUACACCCGCCUCGGCAUUUUCUACUUUGCCCUCUUCAACAAGGAUGUCAGCCUCGAGCCGCUCCUCCAGUCAGAGGUGGUCAGGGAGGCAUACAAGGGCAAGGACUUCUGGAAGGCUGCCAGGGAAAAGGGUCUCCCCAUUCCCACUGCCGGACAAUGGGAGGAGGAGCGUGUCAAGCGAUUCGGCCAGCAACAGGCGGAAAAGACGCAAGAUGGCCAUGAGAAGGAGAACAUCGCUGGUUUCGACGUGACCCUCUACAACACAACAGAGAAGAACAAGAGCAAGCACGCUGCUCAGCUGGCCGCAGCCGCUGGCAAGCCCGUCGAGGCUGCUUAAAUUGGCGCACUCGAUGUUUUCGCCUAAAUGCUUCGCGGAGGAUCGUGGACGUCACAAAUUACCCCGGCUCUUCCCCCCCUCCUCCACUUCCUCCCGCCUUCCUUUGCCUCAUCUGGCUUUGUUCUCAACAACAAAAGUAACAGAACCUCAACGUUUCUGCGACCUUGUAAUUUUAUACAUACUGUGACCCCUGCGAGAAGGAG